ACUGAUGUGGGAUUUAUAUUUCCUACUAAAUUCGGUUGUUUUUAGCAAGUGAGCGUUUAGCUAGCUAGCUCACUUUACGGGGUCCGUUGACACCAGGGAUGAUGUCGUUAGCCGGUUAACUGUGUUUAUGUUGUUUAGUAAAAAAAAUCUCUUUUUUCCAGUUUAAACUGAUUCAUACAUUGUUUGUGUGAAGUGUUUGGGACAUUUCAUAGCAUUAGCUAAACGGCUAAAUAAGUAGUUGGCUAACGCUACAAGCUAAUGUACCCCGCUCAGCUCUUCUAUGAGGCUUGACUCAUUUCCAGGCAUCCAUGGCUGACAAUGCGCAAGAUACAGUCAAUAAUGUGCCGCAUGAAGGAGCGGAGGCCAACCAGCACACAGACACAAGCAGAUCUGCAGCCCGGCCAAGGAGAGAGGUUGAGCUCAACGGCCAGCCUCCCUCGACUCGCGGUCCACAAGUGGUCACCGACAAUGAGGAAGAGGAGGACGAGGAGCUCACUCUGAAGUAUGGAGCCAAACAUGUCAUCAUGCUCUUCGUCCCAGUCACACUGUGCAUGGUGGUCGUCGUGGCAACCAUCAAGUCGGUCAGCUUCUACACGCAGAAGGAUGGCCAGCAGCUCAUCUACACUCCCUUCCGCGAAGACACAGACACUGUGGGCCAGCGUGCUGUAAAUUCCAUCCUCAACGCUACCAUCAUGAUCAGUGUGAUUGUGGUGAUGACGCUGGUACUGGUACUGCUUUAUAAGUACCGCUGCUAUAAGGUGAUCCAUGCCUGGCUGUUCUUCUCCUCCCUGCUCCUGCUCUUCUUUUUCUCCUUUGUUUACCUGCUGGAGGUGUUCAAGACGUACAACGUAGCCAUGGAUUACUUCACGCUGGCGGUGAUCAUCUGGAAUUUCGGGGUGGUCGGAAUGAUCUGUGUCCACUGGAAGGGUCCGUUGCGACUACAGCAGGCCUACCUCAUCAUGAUUAGUGCGCUGAUGUCCCUGGUGUUCAUCAAGUACCUGCCUGAGUGGACCGCUUGGCUCAUCCUGGCUGUCAUCUCUGUCUAUGACCUGCUGGCUGUGUUGUGUCCUAAGGGACCUCUUCGGAUUCUCGUUGAAACGGCUCAAGAAAGAAAUGAACCAAUGUUUCCAGGGCUCAUCUACUCUUCGACUAUGGUGUGGCUGGUUGGCAUGGCAGACAACGGGCAGCCGAGGAAUAGCUCUUCAGAAGCUGCCCCUAAACGAGAGAGCCACGGCCUCUUGAUGUAUCCUGUAGUUGCAACGGCUCCAGUGGCUCAGCCAGAAGACGAUGGUGGUUUCACAUCUGAUUGGGUUGGCCAACAAGAGCAUCGUCUCGGUCCUCUGCAGUCCACCGAAGAGUCGAGGCGUCAGAUCCAGCAGAUGCCAUCAGCACGCCCACCGCAAGCCGAUGAUGAAGAGGAGAGGGGGGUGAAGCUAGGUCUUGGUGACUUCAUCUUUUAUAGUAUGCUUGUGGGAAAGGCUUCAGCUACAGCCAGUGGGGACUGGAACACAACGUUAGCCUGCUUUGUGGCCAUUCUAAUUGGCUUGUGUCUAACUCUCCUGCUCUUGGCCAUCUUUAAGAAAGCCCUACCAGCUCUCCCCAUUUCAAUUACCUUUGGAUUGAUCUUCUAUUUUGCCACAGACAACCUGGUGCGCCCAUUUAUGAACCAGUUAGCUGUGCACCAGUUCUACAUAUAGCACAAAAUGCUAUACUACACUGCUUCAUGCGCUCUGGUCUUACCACAGAGGACCUGAACCUCAGCACGAAAGGGAGGAAUCGCUGCCAUUGCCCAUUUCCUCUGUGAUGGCUUUGUGACUGGAUUAAGAUUUUUUUUAAGGGUUUGGAGUGGGACCUCAAUUAAUUCAUUCCUCCUGUGUAUUUUCUUUGUUUAUUGAUCUUUGUAAAUGCAUUAUCUCUGCAAUGACCCAAAAGACUGACACUGGCAUUUGUGGUAAUUGUGUAGCAAUUAUUUUGAGGGAAGACAAAUUGUGAAAAGGGCAAAACGGUUCAUCACCAAAAAGUCAUAUUUAACAUGAAUAACGAAUGUUCUAUAAUAACUGGAUGAGAGAAAAAAAAUUUGCAUGGCUUAUUUCUGGGUUGAUGGAUUCUAAUGACCUGUAUGUUGUAAAUGAUUUUGACUAAGUGGUUGGUACUGAACAACUUUUUCCCCUGUAGCAUCUAGAAUUAUGGUUUGGAGUUGAACACUGGCACAGUCCAACCAUGUUUUUUAGGUAAGAUAUGUUGAAUUAUUGCUGCAGUUUAGACAUUUAUAGCUAUAGGCUACUGGUUUGUUCUCAUCAACUGAGGGCAUCAUUUUGGAAUGUAUUAUAGAUACAGUCCUGAACAUGUGUUUUUCACCAAAGUUUGAGGAAGUGUUUAUUUUUUAUUGUUUUUUUUUUUUUUGUCUGUCUGUUUUGUUGAUUGUCUAUUAUGUUCAUAGAAUUACCUCUCAACUUUUUGUUAAUUUCAUCAUUCUUUUCCUACAAAAAAGCAGAACAGUAUCUUGAUUGUUUUUGUAAUUGGUUUAUAACCAACAUUAAAGUUCUUGAUUAAAUGAGAA